AUGUCUCCCUUCCAGGUGCUCAUGGGUUACCAACCUCAGCAUAAUAUUCCCACUAUGGGAACAACUGAUGCUCCGGACAUUGCUUCUAGACUCACCCAGCUAGCACAUCUUUGCAAAGAGAUCCAAUCCAGUAUUCAACCAGCAGAAGAAACAGUCAAGAAACAGAAUAAGGACAGGUUUGUUGAAUACAUACCUGGACAGAAGGUAUGGCUGGAAGCAACCAACCUCAAAGGUCUCCACCCAAAAGCCAAACUUGGACCAAAGUGCUAUGGACCCUUCACCAUCGAUCAGAAGCUGUCAUCAAAGAUCCAUCCAGUGUUCUAUGCAGGAUUACUCUAUCCUUAUUCGGAAACAACAAUGCACGGGAAGAACUACCUCCGACCUCCACCAGAACUAAUCAAGAACCAGGAGGAGUUUGAAAUUGAAUGUAUCAUUGAUUCAAAGACAGUUGGCAAGCAAACACUGUGCCAGGUACAAUGGAAAGGAUACCUGGCCUUGGACGACUCCUGGCUACCGAAAGCCGAAAUAUCACAUGCCAAAGAUGCUUUGACAGACUUUCUGCAACCAAACAAAGGGUGA